AUGGCGCCGGUUGACAAUCCGGUCAAAUGUCUAGAAGCCGGAUACGCCCUCUUGCCUGGCACCAGGGACCUUGAAGGUCGUCCAGUAAUCUUUGUGCCGUUAAGGGAAAAUUGUCUACACUUCAAGGCUGACAGCAUAACAUCAGUUAUAUACUUUUUAAGCCAAUGUACAGGGUAAAUAUUGUGCCUAAUGACUGUCAUAAACCGUAUUUUAGAGAAGACUUUUUAUCAAAGAAACUUGUGUUUGUCAUCGACAUGCGAAAUGCUGCUAAAGGAGAUCAUUUGAGGCUGUUCCUUAAAAUUAUUGAAGUAAGUCUAAAAGCUCUUAGAAAAGUAAUUUUAACAAAUAGAAAUAAAUUCACAUUUUUUAGGAGAACUUUGUGAAAAUAACAGAAGAAGCCUUAGUUAUACGGAAUGACAAGUUCUGGGAUCGACACAAGAGUGCUGUGGAGAAAGGAAGAUACCAAUUUGAUGUAAAAGUAAUAUCCGGAGAUCACCUUGUCAGGUUUAUCGACAGACAGGAACUGAUUCGAGAAUAUGGCGGGUCUCUUGAAUAUAAUCACAAUGAAUGGAUAAAUACUCGCAGGGUAAACGGUCUUUUAAGAAAAGUCGAAACGUUUAAUCCUAUGUUUUCAGAUGAUAGAUAGUUUGUUCAAGGAUGUUGCUCACAUUCUCCAAGACUUUGAACAACAAUGUUCGUCGAUCAGAAACUUUCCCUUAACCAGUACCACUAUAAGUGAAACAGACAAGAUGAUCGACAGCAUUGAACAGUCGAUAGAACUUACGGUUAACAAAGUACAGACUUGCGAAGCACGAGUCAACCAGGUAUUGUUUCGUUUUUUGAAUCAUCUCUUUUUAGGUCGAAAAAUCACUGGCGUUAUCUACGAAUCCAGGCUUUAGAAGCGGACUAAACCGGCUACAUAAGUCCAUUGAGGAUUUGAAAAGAAGACGAAGAGAGGUGAAUUCCCUGUUUGCCAGUAAAAGAAGUGAGGCAGCAAUUGUGACCAAUAUGAACAACAUCGAGGAUGAGAUCGAGAAAGUAAAUAACUUCAUAUUGAACGUCACAAUGCAGAUCAAACCGAUCUUGUUUGACAUUGGAAAGGAUGCUGACCACGCUCGAAUUCUUCUGGCUGAUCAUCAAAAUACGAUGAAGAAUGUUAACGUAAAUAUUAAGAAGUAAACGUCAGCCGACUUUUCAGAAUGUUAAGGUUACUUAUGAUCACCUGGAAACACAAUGUCAUAAAAACUGGAGUAAUCGAGCACAAAUGUCACCCAUCAGAAUGGACAAAGGCGUGGCUACCCAUUUCAAGUACCUGCAGAAUGAAUGGAAGAUGUUAAGAUCCAUUCUUCAGGAUAGGGAAAAAAUUCUCAGUGCGGCCAUUAAAUUCCAUGAAAAAUAUAGAACCGUAGGUUUCAACAAAAGUAAUCAAUUUCGUUUACAGUUCAUCGAAAACUCUCAAAGAUGGAUCCAAAACGUUGGUGUAGACCCAGCGACCGUAGAAAAUGCACCCGCUGAGAUCUUACAAAGCGCCUUACAAAAGCAUGAAGAAUUUAAAGAAAGCUUUGAAAACUGUUAUGCUGAGGUAAAUCAAUCUGAUAAUCAUUAUAAAUCAUUCUUUCAAGGCGUUCAACGCGGCCAAUGAACUAAAGUCGGCAUUAGACAGAGACAGCCGAGAUUGCAACAGUGUUGUCAGUGCUGAUAAAUACGUUAAGGAUUGCAUAACACAAUUAUCUAAUAUCCAAAAACAAUUGUAUGGCAUCUACGACAGUCGGCAUCACACAAUUGGUUACAAAUAUCAUGCCAAAGUUUUUUUUCAAGAAUGUGAUGUGGUAGGUGGUAACGGAAAAGGUAAAACAAUUGACAGGUGUUGAACUGGCUAGAUGAACACGGAGAACCUUAUUUAAGACGGAAAAUAGGGAUUGGGAGAUCUUUGGACGAGGCAAAACGAUUUGAGAAAUACCACGAGGAAUUCAAAAAGAUCAGCGAGAACACCUAUGUCAGCACAAAAAAGUUGACCGAAAGCUCGCAAAUUCUAAUCGACGGAGGUAAGGAAAAGAUCACAAUAAAAAUUAUGCGGAUUGCAGGAGAAAUCGACCCCAUGAAAGCCCGUCUUAAGAUCGAAGAAUUAACUCACAGGAUGAAAUCAUUCACCAAAAAGGUCGACUCCAGGACCAAACUACUUUAUAUCGCUUGCAACUUCUUUAUGCACUAUAAGGAGAUAAUGGACUAUUACAAAUCACUAAAACAGAACGAUCACAUCUAUUACACCGUGUAUCCAGAUCCUCAAAAAUGUGAAGAAAACAAAAGUAGACUGCAAGACGAAGUCAACAAGAUCACCCAAGCUUAUAAUCGAAUAAUGGCGGAAGCCAGGCAACUGAAGUUGUGCUUGGAUGAGCAACGAAAUCUCUUCGAAGUUAAUAACCAAGACUCAAUGGACCUGGUACAAGACAUGAUGGAUAAAAUAGGUACGAUCCAUCAAAUGUAUAACAACUCUUACAGAUUCAUGUAACAACACCGAGAAAAACAAAUGGCCAAGACAAAGGAAUGUUCUAAAUUUGGCAACAGACACUUCAUUCUUCGUAAGAGAGUCAGACAGCGUUUUGAGAGAGAUCCUGGUAGGUAAAGGGAUGCUUGGACAUUACAGAUACCCUUUAAGGCAUGGCGUGAGGAUCUUCAAAGAUACUCCAAUCUCCAUGAAAACGCCCUGGAAACAAUCGCUCAUGCGCAAAGGGAAAACAUGGCUAAUGUUGAGAACGCCGUUCUAAAACUUCUAAGCAAAAAGAAUCAACUGAUCACAGACAUGCAAAGGGAGAACGUAAAUCUGGUGUUCCCCAACAAGGAAAAUGUGAUAAAGCAAUUGGAAAUUAUUGCAACUCAUCUGGAACAAGGAAGCAAACAGGUUAUGCAAUUGGCCGAGACUCUCAGGAUGUCUUGUUUAUCCACAGCAAAGUUAGACAAAUUAAUUAAUGACAAAGAGAUUAUCAUGAAAAUGUUGAUGAGAAUCAAAAAUGAUCUCAUAAUGCUGAAUUGUAUCCCAGCGAACGAACGAGAGACCGAAGACUGCAAACUAGAGCAUGAAAAGUACAAAAAACGGUUAGAGGAAAUAAAGGAGCAUAUAAUAACUUUCGAAAAAAGCGCCGGAAACACUCGCCAGUACAUCAUGAACUACGAACAGGAUACCUUACUCAACAACGCCUUAGAUAUUGCUACUUCCGAAUUCGCCCGGAUCAAGCAAAAGUUGGAUAAUCGGCUAAGAAUGCUUACCUCGGCAGCAGACUAUUACAAAUGCUUUGCCAAUGUAAGGAAGAUUGAAAAGUUGAUAUAUAACGGAGGAUAUUAUGAACACUAAUCUUACUUUUUAGGCUUUACCAAGUGCAGAGGUAUUGGAAAAGAACUACAAAGACAUUUUGGACCCUGUACGACGUCAAGGAAUCUGUCAGAAAGAGAUGAAAAUGAAUGCUACUCAACGUUCAGAAGUGUGCAAGGUGAAUCUGAACAAAUUAAACGACAAAAAGGACCAGUUUCUGAAUGUAGGUGGUAGAAAUAUUACAGGUAACUUGCCCAGGCUACAUCUUACGCCCAUAAAUGUGCCGCUUCAUUCUGGAAGAAGAUCGAAUUAUUUGUUAAGUCAGAGUUCAACGGAUUCGAGGCUCCGAGAAAUGUUAUACAUCUGAUGGAGAGUGUAGCCCAAAUGAAACAGGAGAUCUUCCUCCGGCAAACCCGGUUAUUAGAUCUCUAUAAAAAUUGCCAUGAACAGCUUCUGGCUUGUCGGAAUGCUGCGCAUCUAAUUGUGAUAAUUGCGGAGGUAAUGUUUUCGCGGUGGGACCAUUGCUUUUGUUUCAGAUAAAUGGAAAAUUGAAUUCGUUGGAAAGCAAUGUUUCCAGUACCUCAAUUACAUCAAUCGACGAUUCUAGUCUACAGGAAUAUGUUCAGCGUCUGAAGGAAUUCAGAAUUGAACUAAAGGUUUGAUUGUUUUUUCAGUUUUCGGUUGUGAUGUGUGGUCCUGGUUUUGAAAAAUAAACUUUUUAGUCAAUUCUGGCACUGAUGAGGAACAUGCGAAAACACUCGGAUCACUUUUUCGAACAGUUCAACAACUCGCUGCAUACGGAUGAAAUUAAGAUAGCUAUUCCUGCCCUUAAUGAUAAGUAUUCGAGGGUCGAAAGGGAGAUUACGGCCAAGGAAGUGGAGUUGCGACGGUUGUCUGGUGGUGAUGUACGUACAUUUAAAAAAAUUGGCUUUAUAUUUAUCAAAAUCUUUUCAGUCCUUCCAGCAUUUGUUCGACCGGAAUAGUGAUGGGUCUUUGGAAGAAAAGUUGACCCAAAGUUCGGAAUCUUCCAGUACCUUUGCCCUCGAUGCUAAUGAGAAACUGCGGUAAGGCCUGAUUGAGGAGAUAAUGGAACUUUUUCCAGGAAACCUUAUAAGGAACUUUUGAACUCAGAAGCGGAUUACAUCUCAGAUCUCGGGAAAUGCAUCGAUUGUUACCUAAAAUCUUAUCGAUUGAAUGAAAUGUCAUCAUCUAGUCUAAGGCAAAAGGAAAAGGAGAUAUUUGGAAAUAUUGAAGAGAUUUAUCGAUUCCACCAAGAAGAGUUCUUGGACAAAUUAAAAGAAUACGAGGGGAAUCCAGAGGAUGUUGGAUGUUGUUUUAUCCAUUACAUGGUUAAUCUCAAAGAAUUGUACACUGAAUAUUGCCUAAACAAGGCCGAGAACGGAAGCAUACUGGAUUCUCCUGAGGCAAUGAAUCUGUUCAACGUAGGUUCUUUGAAGUAUUUUUUUAUUUUACUCUUUUCCUGAAAUAAUAUUUAUUUUAGGAAAUUCGUGAGAAAUAUAAUCUCCCGCACAGUCUGGACAUCUCUUCUAUGUUGAUCAAGCCCGUCCAAAGGAUUACUCGGUAUCGAUUAUUGUUGGAUCAAGUAAUGAGAUACUCGAAACAUCACACGGAAGAGAUGAGGGAUGCUUUGGAGGUCGUGGUUAAUAUCCCUAGGGUCGCCAAUGAUAGAAUGCAUCUAAAGAACUUUGAGGAUUACAAGGUAUGAUCUUUUUUUUAUUAGAAAUUAUUUUUGUUAUUAAUCAUUGUAAUUUAUAGAAUCAUCAAAUCGGAGAGUUUAUUCUACAAGAUACGUUUACUGUAACAGAACCAAAGCGAGUAUUCAAGAAAGAAAAGGAGCUGCAGGUAUUUUUAUUCGAAUCCUGCAUUGUGUUUGCAAAGAAGGAAGAACUUCCAAACAGGAAGAUUAGAUAUAUUUACAAAUACAAGUACUUGGUGGGUAGUAUACUUCCGAUCUAAUCUUCUUUAGACUACUGACGUCAGUGUGGUGGAGCAUGUGGGAAGUGAUGGAGAUAAUCGAUUCGCCUUGAGGAAGGGCAGUCUUCCUCAGUCCGAAGCUGUGAUUCUAAAGACUAAUACCAGUGAGAACAGGAAUCUCUGGGUCAAAACUCUCCGGACUUUAACAUUAAAUGCUGACCUCAUCUCAAAUAAUAACAGCAUUAAUGGUAGGUUGUGUUUAUUUUUCGUAUGUUAUAUGAUCCAUUCCAGAAAAUGGAGCCAUUUUGAGUCGGGAACUAACCUCAAGUGUCGGGCGAUUGAAAUUGGGAGAUUUGGAGAACAAAAGGCAUUCCAAUGGAUCCAUAAACUCUAAUGAAAUGCCAGUCGUCUUAAGGAAAUCUCCUUCUUUUGAUAGUCCGGAUCUAAAGAAUAGUGAUAUUCACUACUCUAAUGAUCCCCGGAGUACGGUAUAUUCGACAACCAGCAGUGACGGAGAUCUUCCCCCGGCUCUGGACCAUGUUUCUUUAAUUGUGCCAGCGAAUGAAGUGCUGGAUUGA